AUGACUCGCACUGCUUCUUCCCUGCCCCAGCAGGGGACUCUGCUAGCGGGCGUCCCAGUGGCUGCAGGCCCUUCCGCGGCGCCUGGGCGGUCGGCCGUUCCCGUGGCGGCCUCCUCUCGCCGCACGACGAGUGCGUCGUCUUUCCUGUCGCAGCGCUUGGGGGACUCCCUGCGUCUUCUUCCUCAGCCGUCUGCAGCCGUCGCCUCGAAGCGCACCCGUCAGUUUCUACAACACCUCGCUUCUUCGUCUUCCUCUCUCGCUUCGGAGGCGCAACCCGUGUUUGGGAGCCCCCCCCCCGACUCGAAAGCCGCCUUGCUUUCGCGCCCACACUCGUCCCUGCGACCCGACGCCGCUUGUCCAGUCUCCGACCUUCGGCCGGCGAAGCAGCCGAAGCUGGGCGCGCGCGCCUGCUUGGCCCCGGUCCACUCCAACACGCACUCGGGAGGGAGGGCGACGGGGGAAGACUUCGCUGCCUCCGCGUUCUCCUUCGUGUCCAGCGGGCCUCUCGGCACCCAGCCUGAGAAGAUCACGCCGCCGCCGGUCGCGUUCGCGCCGGGCUUGGGACGCGCGCGAGCGCAGCAGGCGGUCGGCGCGGAGGCCGCGCUGUUUGCCUCCAAGAGCGUCUUGAGUCUGACGUCGCGGAAUGUGUCCGCAAGCCGAGGAUCUUCGCCGUCGCCUGCGGCGGCGCUUCUGUCGAGCGCCAAGUCAGUCGACGGGGAGAAGCCGACGUCCACCGCCGUAAAGAAUGUGGUGGCGCGAGUGGGCGACCGUCGCGCCCGGCCGGCCGCGGUCGCGGCGGCGCCUGUCUCGUCUUCCUCGUCGGCGGCGGGGCUGCCGUCCCGUCAGCGCAGCAUGAGCACCGGGACUGAGUUGCGCGCGUCGAGCCCAGUGUCGACUCGCCUGGAUUUCUUGAACCUGGCGGGCUGCUGUCGCCUGGUGAUGUGCGACACGUCGGACGCCUUCGGAAACGACUUCGGCGUGGACAAUACGCACAACUCGCGGCUCGCUCAGUUCAACUACGACCAGGCCGCCUACAAGGCAGACAAGGCACACCCCACCAGCGACUACACUGCGACGAGUAAGCGCAUCUCGCCGGAGACGCGCGAUUUGCUGGUGUGUCUGUUGAAUCAGGUGGUUGCGCAUCUCGCGCAGAACGCUGCCUCUUCCUCUUCCGGCGCCUCCGCGGGGGCUGCAGAGUCCAGCGGCGGCGAGAAGGAGGAUGCCAGAGGGAAGACGACCCCGGGGUCUGCCGACCCUCUCAGUCCGCGGGCGGCCGCGACGGUGGCGAUUGCGAUUCAGCUCUUUGAUCGAUUUAUGCACGUUGUGCACCAAAACGACCAGCGCUACGGUGUCUCCGCGGAGAAUCGCAUGCACUUACUGCACGGUGUCAACGCGUUGGCGGGGACCGCUGCGGGAGGAAGUCGGACCGGCGCGCCGACGACGAUCAGUGGGCUGCUGCUCAACCAGCUGAUUGCGAUUGCCUGCUUCUGCUUCGCGGACCGAGUCGAGGCCAUCCACGCGUACGACUACUCCACGGUGCUCGACGCCUGGAAGCAGCAGGCCACGGGGGUGCUGCGGCAGUGCUGGUCCUCUUCUUCCGCCCCCUCGUCGACUCUCUUGAAGCAGAAACUGAUGCAUAUUGAACGGAAAAUCAUCUCGCACGUGCCCCCCGCGGGCAACGUCUGCGUGACGCCGAUCUCCGAGCUCACGGAGGCGCUGCUGAAUGUCGCAGUCCAGUUCGCGCACAACGACGCGGAGAAAAGGCGGCGGUCGCAGGGGCCGCUCGGGUCCGCAGCCACGCCGCCCUGCGCCGGAGAAGACCACCCAAGAGACGAUCGCCAGGCGGGGGAGGAAGACGAGAAGGAAAACCUCGCAGCGGCUCCCGGCGACACGAACGCGUUCGCUUUCGAAGACAAGCUUGGAGGGCCAAACGACGCAGAUUCCGACGCCGCAAAGAAGUGCGAGUCCCGGCUGUCGCUCUCGGGGCGAGAGACGGCGGCCUCCUCACGGCGCUGCUCAUCUGUCUCCACGCGCGACAGCCAGAACUCGGAGGAAACUGUCGACGACGAGGACGACGACGGCUCUGUCGGGUCGUCGCCCUUCGCGUUGCGUCUCCGCAUCAGCGGGAGCAACGAGCCUGACAUGGCGAGGCUCACUGCGCAGCUCUUGGUGCGACUGGGUCAGAUGGAUCGGCGGAUCUGUCUGGGCUUCAAGCCUUCGAUCGUCGCCUCGGCCGCGUGCCAGAUUGCGCUCCUCCCGCAGCUCUCCGCCACCAAGAUCUCUCCGCUCUCGCCUGGAGGCCGCCUGGCCGCGACGCACGCCUUCAUCGCGUCCGGCGCCUCCACGGGUUGUCGCUUGGUGCGCCGUUGCCAGUCGAUGUUGCUUCACAAGUGGCUCAAGGUGCGGAAUGCGAUGGACGCGCUCCUCGCCUCUUCUUCCUCUGGCUACUCGUCUACUUCUCUUGCUUCUUCGUCUCCCUCCUCCACGCCGAGCCUCGCCGCUUCCGGCUCUCUCGCAGGCACUGGAUGCAGCAUUCCAGACCUCAUGGCUGCAGAGUGGGUACUCUCGUGCUUGACGCUCAGCUCGCACAAGCAGAUGCUCGAGCUCCUUCAGUCCCACGCGGAAGUCUGGGCGGAGUGCGCUGCCGCCAACUUGCGCGCGAAGGCCCUCGCGGUCGGAGCUCCGCUGCCCAGCAUCGAAGCAGCCGCGGCUGCGGAGAGCGGCGGCGAGGCCGGCGCGUCUGGGGGCGCGCGCGGCCUCAACCGACGGCGCUCCUGCGCGGCGCAGCCACGCAGCGGGAUCUCCGCGCGCGGCGACCGCGACGGCGACGAGCGCGCGGGGCUCCUCGCCCUCCCCCACCGCCGGGUCCCGGGCCUCAGUACCCGCGUGGGUCUCUACACCAUCACGGCGCUGCAGAAGGAACUGAAGCGCGCCGAGCGAGCGUCGCUCGAGGAGCGGAGGCUCCGCGACCUGGCCGCCGGAGGCGAAGGCAGCUGCCAAGAAAACCGAGAAAACGCCUAA